AAGUGCAGAAGACUAUAGCUCUAUAGAGUGUAACUGUGGUAGAGUAUUUCUCUUUCUUUCUUUCUUUUUUAAUUACUGAUUGUUUCUCUGUAACUCUGUCAUUUUCCAAGAAUGCUUCUUUCAUGUGGAAAGAAGUAGCGGCAAGGCUGCUGGAAUUAUUUUAAGCUUAUGGUUGAUUGUACAUAAUGAAAGUUCUCAGCAUAACUUGAAAUCUACUAUGUGUAGUUUAGCUAUUAUAUUCUUUUCUUCAUAUACCUACAAGACAGUUUUUCAGAUAACUAAAGUUAUAUAAUCUCUUUUUCAGCCUCUCCAGGCCUCCUACAAAUGAAUGCUUGAAACUGACCUUACAAUAUAAUUUUUGCAUAAAAAUCAGAUUGGAAAAAUAGUUAUGCUAAAAAAACAGCUGCUGAGCUAUUGUUGACCUUCCUAACUCUUUGCAUUUUUACUGACAACCUUGAACCAUAGUGACCCAUAAUCAAAUAUUCUAAGCCAAGUGCUCCAAGACAUAUUUUACUUUGUGAAAACAGUCUCGUUAUCUAACUCUGUAUAUGUAUUGAAUCAUAUCAAAUUUUGCAUUUCAAAAAUGUUCAAAAGGCAACACACUUCACAAAAUAAUUCAUUUUUUACAGAAAACAAUAGAAGUUUAAUCUCACUGAUAUUUAAACUUGCAUCUCUCCACAUGACCUUACAUAUUUCAAAAAGGAAAAUAUAUUUAAUGGCAAUUUUUAAUAUAUCAUAACUAUUUUAUAUAUAUAUACAAACUGAGACAUAGCAAUUCCUUCUGGCAGAAUAUUUCCCAUCGUGUUUUAAGAAUUAAAAAAGAAAAUCCUUGCUCUGCUAUUUUGAAGAAGUGUCUCUCAUUUCAAAGCUGUGAAAUGUGGGGUGGCGAUGGAGGGGAAACUCUCCUAAGUUUGGUAGGGUCAGGAGCUCUGUCUAUCUGGGGAGCCUUUUCUCCAGGGAUGUUUCUCUGCUUGUUUGGUUAUUUGUAUUUUGAAAUCAGGAUCCGUAGAGGUUCUCAUCUUCCCCGCCUCGUCCCACACUAAUCUGCUCACCCUGACCUUCCACCUUAAAGUGAAUAAGCGCUUAGGCAGGCAUAGUCCUGUAAGCCGAUAGUGCCACCGGCCUCAGCUAAAUGACAGAAAGGAAAUUGUCCCAUAUGCGUUUGCUGUGGAUUCAUGGGUUGGCUUUUCUGUGGUAAAGGAAGCCUCUUUGUCUCUUUGGGGUCUUGCCCACUCGUGGGAAAUACCACCGUAACAUGCUGCUUGCUUCUAAGGAACGAAUGCAGGAAUUUGGGAACUGAGCAGUGCAAGUGCUGAAGAAGGAGAUUUGUUUGGAGGAAACAGGAAAGAGAAAGAAAAGGAAGGAAAAAAUACAUAAUUUCAGGGACGAGAGAGAGAAGAAAAACGGGGACUAUGGGGAGAAAAAAGAUUCAGAUUACGAGGAUUAUGGAUGAACGUAACAGACAGGUGACAUUUACAAAGAGGAAAUUUGGUUUGAUGAAGAAGGCGUACGAGCUGAGCGUGCUGUGUGACUGUGAGAUCGCGCUGAUCAUCUUCAACAGCACCAACAAGCUGUUCCAGUACGCCAGCACGGACAUGGACAAGGUGCUGCUCAAGUACACCGAGUACAACGAGCCGCACGAGAGCCGGACGAACUCAGACAUCGUGGAGACGUUGAGAAAGAAGGGCCUUAAUGGCUGUGACAGCCCAGAUCCCGAUGCGGACGAUUCAGUAGGUCACAGCCCUGAGUCUGAGGACAAGUACAGGAAAAUUAACGAAGAUAUUGAUCUAAUGAUCAGCAGGCAAAGAUUGUGUGCUGUUCCACCUCCCAACUUUGAGAUGCCGGUCUCCAUCCCAGUGUCCAGCCACAACAGUUUGGUAUACAGCAACCCUGUCAGCUCACUGGGAAACCCCAACCUUUUGCCACUGGCCCACCCUUCUCUGCAGAGGAAUAGUAUGUCUCCUGGUGUAACACAUCGACCUCCAAGUGCAGGUAACACAGGUGGUCUGAUGGGUGGAGACCUCACAUCCGGUGCAGGCACCAGUGCAGGGAACGGGUAUGGCAAUCCCCGAAACUCACCAGGUCUGCUGGUCUCACCUGGUAACUUGAACAAGAAUAUGCAAGCAAAAUCUCCUCCUCCCAUGAAUUUAGGGAUGAAUAACCGUAAACCAGAUCUCCGAGUUCUUAUUCCACCAGGCAGCAAGAAUACGAUGCCAUCAGUGUCUGAGGAUGUCGACCUGCUUUUGAAUCAAAGGAUAAAUAACUCCCAGUCUGCUCAGUCAUUGGCUACCCCAGUGGUUUCCGUAGCAACUCCUACUUUACCAGGACAAGGGAUGGGAGGAUAUCCAUCAGCCAUUUCAACAACAUAUGGUACCGAAUACUCUCUGAGUAGUGCAGACCUGUCAUCUCUGUCUGGGUUUAACACGGCCAGCGCUCUUCAUCUUGGGUCAGUAACUGGCUGGCAACAGCAACACCUACAUAACAUGCCGCCAUCCGCCCUCAGUCAACUGGGAGCUUGCACUAGCACUCAUUUAUCUCAGAGUUCAAAUCUCUCCCUGCCUUCUACUCAAAGCCUCAACAUCAAGUCAGAACCUGUUUCUCCUCCUAGAGACCGUACCACCACCCCUUCGAGAUACCCACAACACACGCGCCACGAGGCGGGGAGAUCUCCUGUUGACAGCUUGAGCAGCUGCAGCAGUUCCUACGACGGGAGCGACCGAGAGGAUCAUCGGAACGAAUUCCACUCCCCCAUUGGACUCACCAGACCUUCGCCGGACGAAAGGGAAAGUCCCUCAGUCAAGCGCAUGCGACUCUCUGAAGGAUGGGCAACAUGAUCAGAUUAUUACUUAGUAGUUUUUUUUCUUGCAGUGUGUGUGUGUGCUAUACCUUAAUGGGGAAGGGGGGUCGAUAUGCAUUAUAUGUGCUGUGUGUGGAAAAAAAAAAGUCAGGUACUCUGUUUUGUAAAAGUACUUUUAAAUUGCCUCAGUGAUACAGUAUAAAGAUAAACAGAAAUGCUGAGAUAAGCUUAGCACUUGAGUUGUACAACAGAACACUUGUACAAAAUAGAUUUAAGGCUAACUUCUUUUCACUGUUGUGCUCCUUUGCAAAAUGUAUGUUACAAUAGAUAGUGUCAUGUUGCAGGUUCAACGUUAUUUACAUGUAAAUAGACAAAAGGAAACAUUUGCCAAAAGCGGCAGAUCUUUACUGAAAGAGAGAGCAGCUGUUAUGCAACAUAUAGAAAAGUGUAUAGAUGUUUUGGACAGACCCGGCAAAGGGUGGCCACGGUUACACGUUAGGAACACGCCAGGUCACCUAACACCCACCCCGAGAACGCUCACAAACCUGCAGGCACAUCAUUGGCGUAUGGCACUCAUGAAAAAGGAUCGAUGACCAUUAAAAGAGGACCAUACCUAUUUUUUAAAAAUGUGGAGUUUGAGGGCUAACGUAUUUAAUUAAAUAAAUAAAUAAAUCUGGGUCUGCAUCUCUUAUUAAAUAAAAAUAUAAAAAUAUGUACAUUACAUUUUGCUUAUUUUCAUAUAAAAGGUAAGACAGAGUUUGCAAAGCAUUUGUGGCUUUUUGUAGUUUACUUAAGCCAAAAUGUGUUUUUUCCCCCUUGAUAGCUUCGCUAAUAUUUUAAACAGUCCUGUAAAAAACCAAAAAGGACUUUUUGUAUAGAAAGCACUACCCUAAGCCAUGAAGAACUCCAUGCUUUGCUAACCAAGAUAACUGUUUUCUCUUUGUAGAAGUUUUGUUUUUGAAAUGUGUAUUUCUAAUUAUAUAAAAUAUUAAGAAUCUUUUAAAAAAUCUGUGAAAUUAACAUGCUUGUGUAUAGCUUUCUAAUAUAUAUAAUAUUAUGGUAAUAGCAGAAGUUUUGUUAUCUUAAUAGCGGGAGGGGGGUAUAUUUGUGCAGUUGCACAUUUGAGUAACUAUUUUCUUUCUGUUUUCUUUUACUCUGCAUACAUUUUAUAAGUUCAAGGUCAGCUGUCAAAAGGAUAACCUGUGGGAUUAGAACAUAUCACAUUGCAACACCCUAAAUUGUUUUUAAUCCAUUGGCAAUCUACUGGGUCAACUGACAUCCAUUGUAUAUACUAAUUAGUUUCUUUCAUGCUAUUUUUGUUUUUGUUUUGCAUUUUUAUCAAAUGCAGGGCCCCUUUCUGAUCUCACCAUUUCACCAUGCAUCUUGGAAUUCAGUAAGUGCAUACCUUCAACUUGCCCGUAUCCUAAAUUAUCUGGUUGGUUUUCAGCCUAGAACUCGAUAAUGCUUUGAAGAAAUAUGCCCAGAGUAGAGAACUGUGUUGGGUCACAUGUCCUGCAAAUACUGCCCUAGAAAUAAGUGAUAUGGAGUUUGCUCGAUGCAUGAGUUAUAAAUUCCCACAGAAGAAAAAUGUGAAAGUCUGGGUGCUAGAUAAGAAGGAAGCAGGUAAAGGGAUAGUUGCUUCGUCAUCCGUUCUUAAUUAUUUUAACUGACCCUCAACAAUCUUGUCAGCAAUAUAGGACUGUUGAACAAUCCCGGUGUGUCAGGACCCCCAAAUGUCACUUCUGCAUAAAGCAUGUAUGUCAUCUAUUUUUUUUCUUCAAUAAAGAGAUUUAAUAGCCAUUUCAAAAAAUCCCAUUAAAGAACCUCUCUAUGUCCCUUUUUUUUUAAUUUUUCAGGAAAUAAUGAUGACUCUUGUCUAAUAUUCGUCUAUAAGGGAUUACUUUUCAGACCCUUUAAAAAGUGAGUGCCAUAAAAAAAAAAGAGUUGAUAUAUAUUGUUUAAAGAGAUUUCAGUCUAGGACUGAUAUUCCUUCUCUAGGCAUGUGAAGAUCUGUCGAUCCAGCUCCCAUCACACACGCUGACAUGCACAGCAGAAAAGACAGACAGUAAGAUCGACACUGCUAUGUCUUGUGUAGGACAUUUCUUAUCCCUUUUUUUGCUUUCACUUGCUUAGUUACUAUGUGUUUCUCCUUGUAAAAGGCUGCCGCUGGGUGGCAAAAGCCAAGAGAUCUUACGAACUAGGCUAUAUUUUUCUUAACUCGAUCUGAAAUCCACAGUUAGACCACAGUGCACCUCUGGUUGUGUCCGUAUAGGAUGCCAGCCUGCCUUGUGCUAACAUUUUAUACACGAAAUCAAACAAAAAAAUCUGUCAGCCAUUUCAUGUAUCCCACUACUCGAGGUAUCCAUGGAACAUGAAAGAAAAACAUUUAUGCAGAUGAAAAACAGAAAAUCAUCCCAGAAAACACACAUAUACACAUAUUCAUACAUGGGGGGGGAGGAAACUAAGAAAACCAUUUUCCUCACCAUAGACUUGAUCCCAUUCUUACAACCCAUCCUUAUAACUUGAUGUGUGUAAAAUAUGCAAACAUGUCACAAAUGUUCUUUGUCAUUUCAAAACACUUUAUCAGUAUCAGGAGAAACUAACCAAUGGGUGGGAAAGGGUCAUUAUGUGAAAAUAUGAAAAAAAAAUAGCCAUAUUAAUUUUUUACCUGCAAUUUGCCUCAGCAACAAAGAAAAAGGGAAUUUCUAAUGCUGAAGAUAAAGUAACCUAAAGUACCAGCAGAAGCCUUGGCUAUUUAUAGCAGUUCUGACAAUAGUUUUAUAAGAACAUGAAAAGAACAGAAUCACUUGAAAAUGGAUGCCAGUCAUCUCUUGUUUCCACUGUUGAAUCCAGAUAAAGUGGUGGCAAGACACAAAGGGAUAAUCUGAGAUUUUUUUUAAAGGUGAUUUAAUGAGAAGAAGCACAAGUUUGAUUGUGAUGAGUCACUUUCUGUAAACGAUUGACAUCAAUCUUUCCCCUUAUACCUUCUCUGUAAUUUACCAUUUAUUGUAUUUGCAAAGCUAGUGUGGUUUUGGGUUUUUAUCACAGCAAAUCCUUUGUAUUCAGGAGUUUAGGGCAGAGCCCUGAGGAGGUACUAUUUUACAUAACCCAUCCUAGAGUAACAUUUUAGGCAACAUUCUUCACUGCAAGUAAAAGAACCGUAAGUGGCGUUUUUACACAGCUACGAGUAUUGUUGUAUCUAAUCCUAUUUUAAAAGAUUUUUCGGUGAUGUGAAGUUUAAAUACUGUUAACACUGAUGCAAUACACGCGAGCUGCACAAACUGUAUGUUGUAUGCAUUGGUGCGUGGAAGGCUGUUCAUUUCAAUCUUUUUUAAAAUUGUGUUUUUAGUAAAAUGGCUUAUUUUUUUCCCAAAGGUGGAACUUAGCAUUUUGUAACAAUGAAUACAAAAAUACCUAUCAUCCUCAGAUCAUUUUAAGGUUAACUAAAGUGAAAAUUUUUUAAAAUUCCAAUACACUUUUUAAAAGAAUGUCUGCCCUCUCACAUUUUUUGUAUUUAUUUUUCUUACAUACCCAUCUUUUAGGGAGAGCAUUUUUUGCCCCCUUUAUCCUUACGCUUGUUUUUCCAGAGAGUAAAUGCUUUGUAUUUCUUCCUAAAAAAAUUUUUUUUUUAAAGAAGCAGCAGCCACUCAAACCCUCCAUAGAGGCUGUUGCCUGAGCACGGCACCCUUCGUCUGUUCCCGUUUGUGCCAUCUGCUGUGAUGUCGUCACUUAACAUGGCGUUAAUUUCCUGCCACUACACAUCUUUUGAAGAUUGAUGGAAUACUGGUGUCUGUGAGAACGCUUCAGACUACAGAUGUAAUUAAAGGCUUUUCUUCGUAUGUUUUAACCAAAGAUGUGGAGCAAUCCAAGCCACAUUAUCUUCUACAUCAAAUUUGUCCAUUUUGGUUCUUUUCAUAAUCGGGUAUUGCAUUUUGCCUUCCCUGUUCAUACCUCAGAUUGAUCCAUACCUCAGUUGAAUUCAGAGAGGUCAGCUAAGUGACGGAUUCUGUUGUGGUUUGAAUGCAGUACCAGUGUUCUCUCGGAGCGACGGAGACCUGGGUCACUGUAGGCAUAGGACUUGGAUUGCUUCAGAUGGUUUGCUGUAUCAUUUUUCUUCUUUUUCUUUUUCUGGGGACUUGUUUCCAUUAAAUGACAGUAAUUAAAAUAGCUUGUAAAUGAGGGCAUACAAGCAUUUGCAACAAAUACUCAAAUAGAGGCUCACAGCGGCAUAAGCUGGACUUUGUCGCCACUAGAUGACAAGAUGUUAUAACUAAGUUAAACCACAUCUGUGUAUCUCAAGGGACUUAAUUCAGCUGUCUGUAGUGAAUAAAAGUGGGGAAUUUUCAAAAGUUUCUCCUGCUGGAAAUAAGGUAUAAUUUGUAUUUUGCAGACAAUUCAGUAAAGUUACUGGCUUUCUUAGUGA